AAACAAAAAAAAAGAAGGUGGAGUUGGGUUCUAUGGAACCCAGCCUGGGUUCCAUCGAACCUAGCAGAUCUGGGUUCAGUGGAACCCAGCCACUGGAUUCCGGUGAACCCAGCAAAUGGGUUCCAUCAAACCCAGCAAAUGGGUUCCAUCAAACCCAGAUCUGUUGGGUUCGGUGGAACUCAGGCUGGGUUCCAUCGAACCCAGCAAACUGGGUUCGAUGACCUGAGGAAGAAGAGGAAGAAGAUUGAUAGAAUUUUUUUAGUUUAUUUUUUAAAAAUAUAAAUAGUAAUAAUAUGAUUUGGCAUGAGCUAAGUCCGAAAAGGGGGGGGGGUCGGUUUUUGAAUUUGGGGAGCCUUUGGUUGAUUGUUGGAGUUUGAUUUGGGAGCCAUUGUUCUGAGUUUCGGGAGAAAAGAGGGAGGAGAAAACCGAGCUGAUUCUGGCAAUAUUUCAGUCUCCUUUUGCUAGGUAAUUUCUGAACAAAGGAGCCUUCUGGGAACGAUGGUGAAGGAGACGAUAGGAGCUUGGUCCCGUGGGUGUGGUCCCGUGGGUGGGAUCCCUCCUAUUUGAUAUGGAUCCAUCUUACCCAAAAAGCUCUGCCGUGGAUGUUUUUCUUAUUUUGGUUGAUGUUUCUGCAUCUUUUUGUUUAAUGUUCAAGCUUGUACAUGUUCCGUUUAAAAAUCAAUGAAAAUCAAAAAU